AAUCUUGCAAACCCAUGGCACAAUAUUGUCCACCAGCCUCCUCUUGUUGGGUUUGGACAUUAGCAACACAAAAUCUACUUUUCUAUAAUAAAUCCCACCUAAACAAUCCUAUCAUUUCAUAUUUUUUUUUCUCCCUAAAAAUCCGAACAAAGCACUAGCAUAACCAUUAAACCAUAUCACUUCUAAUCAUUCACCUGCCAAUCACGAAAACAUUAUCAAAAACAGGACAAACAAAACAACAACACAACACAACGUUUGUGCUUUGGUCAAACACAAAAAAGGACCAAAUAUGGCAGGAAUGCUUCCUGGAGUUGAAUCUGCUAGAAGGAGACGUGUCCAUAAGGCUGGAGGUUUUUCUGAUUCAACAUCUUUAGCUUCUAAUAACAGACGCUCUUCGUUCUGCUUGUAUUCAAGUAACCCUGAAUCUCGUCUUUCUUCGUCUUCUUCAAUGCAAAGAAACAUAUUAUACCAGACACAGCAAGAUGAGAAUAUGGUAGGAGCAGCAAGAGAAGCUAAGCAAAGAUUGGAUGACAAAUUCAGAUCACAAAGGGUAUCAGAAAACACAAGGAAAAAGAACAUAAAAAGUGUGGAGGGUAGAAAAGAAAGCAUAGAGGAGUUACAAAUUGAGGUGUAUGGUUCAAAGAAAAGUGGUCCAAGGAAGUUCAGUUGGAGCAAAUUGAGCUGGAAAGCAUCAGAACAAGAAGAUUGUGCUGUGUGUUUGGAAUCAUUUAAGAUUGGAGAGAAAUUGAUUCCUCUACCUUGUGCUCACAAGUUUCAUUCUACAUGCUUGAAACCUUGGUUGGAAAAUAAUUCACACUGUCCAUGUUGUAGAACUACCAUUCUUUCACUCUAGAUUUUUACUUUUCCUUACUUGUCUAAAUUUGUACUAGGAGACUUGGUUUGAUGGAUUGGAAUCAUUUUUUUUACCUUGACUAAA